UCUUCCUUUUCUCUCUCUCUCAAACAUCGAGACUUCAACGUCUCCACUCGAAAAAAAACCCUAAACAAAAACCAAAAUCGAUCCGAUUCAUUCCCAGCCCUAGAAAUUCCUUCCCCGAUCUUCAUCAACAAGUUCAAAUCAAGAUGUAUAGUAAUUUCAAAGAACAAGCAAUAGAAUAUGUAAAACAAGCAGUACAAGAAGAUAACGCAGGAAAUUAUGCGAAAGCAUUUCCUCUUUAUAUGAACGCGUUGGAAUAUUUCAAAACGCAUUUGAAAUACGAAAAGAAUCCUAAAAUUAAAGAAGCUAUAACUCAGAAAUUUACUGAGUAUUUGAGAAGAGCAGAAGAGAUUCGUGCUGUGUUAGAUGAUGGUGGUGGUGCUGGUCCUGCAUCUAAUGGUGAUGCAGCUGUAGUUGCUAGGCCGAAGACCAAGCCUAAAGAUGGUGAAGGUGGAGGAGAUGGGGAAGAUCCUGAGCAAGCGAAAUUGAGAGCUGGGUUGAAUUCGGCUAUUAUCAGGGAGAAACCUAAUGUGAAAUGGAAUGAUGUUGCUGGACUUGAGAGUGCCAAACAGGCUCUGCAAGAAGCGGUUAUAUUGCCUGUCAAGUUCCCUCAGUUUUUUACUGGCAAGAGACGACCAUGGAGGGCGUUCCUUUUGUAUGGGCCACCUGGAACUGGAAAGUCAUAUUUGGCCAAAGCUGUUGCAACAGAAGCAGACUCGACCUUUUACAGUAUUUCUUCUUCAGAUUUGGUUUCCAAGUGGAUGGGUGAAAGUGAAAAGCUUGUUUCAAACCUUUUCCAAAUGGCUCGUGAAAGUGCUCCUUCUAUCAUAUUUGUUGAUGAAAUAGAUUCCUUAUGUGGUCAGCGUGGGGAAGGAAAUGAAAGUGAAGCUUCUCGACGUAUCAAAACAGAACUUCUUGUACAGAUGCAGGGUGUUGGAAAUAAUGACCAGAAAGUUCUUGUUCUUGCUGCAACCAAUACGCCCUAUUCUUUGGAUCAGGCUAUCCGUCGGCGAUUUGACAAGCGAAUUUACAUUCCUCUUCCUGAAGCGAAGGCUAGACAACACAUGUUCAAGGUGCAUCUCGGAGAUACACCUCACAACUUGACUGAAAGUGACUUCGAGCACCUAGGUAACAAGACGGAGGGGUUUUCAGGUUCAGAUAUUGCUGUCUGUGUUAAAGAUGUACUUUUCGAACCUGUUCGAAAAACUCAGGAUGCUAUGUUCUUUAUCAACACUAAAGAUGAUAUGUGGGUACCAUGUGGACCUAAACAACGAGGAGCGAUCCAGACAACAAUGCAAGAUCUUGCAACAAAAGGCCUUGCAGCAAAGAUUCUUCCACCUCCAAUAAUGCGGACAGAUUUUGAUAAAGUACUCGCAAGACAGAGGCCAACUGUCAGCAAAUCUGAUCUAGAUGUACAUGAGAGAUUUACAAGAGAGUUUGGAGAGGAAGGCUAAAAUGUAAAUCAAAAUUGGAAGCCAAAGUCCAAGUUGGUUUUUAUGGGAAAGGGGAUUUGGAUUUGUGUAUUUUAACUAUCAUUGUUGGAUUUGGAUGAAAAUAUACCUAUCUAUGAUCUGUAGCUUCUUCUAUAAGAGGUCGCCUAAAUUUCUUCCUCUUUGUUCAGAGUAAUAACAGUUGUAAGAUCGUUGUAUACUUUUUUUUUUUCCUUUCUGAAGUUGGUUUUUCAAUCAGGAAAGCAAAAAUGUUUAGACUGAAACCUGUCUUUACUUGCAGGCAAAAUUGUGUCAUACUGUUAAUUCAUUUUUCUUCGAUAGCCA